GGGCCCUCUGAAGAUCAGCUACUCCAACCCCCCUGUUGACACAGGUUCUCUGGAGUAGAUUGCACAGGAAAGCGUCCAGGUGGGUUUUGAAUUUCUCCAGAGAAGCAGACCUCACAUCUCUCUUGGGCAGCCUGUUUCAGAGUUCUGUCACCCCUUACAAUUUCAAAAAACCACAAUUUGUCCAAGUGUUUUGCAUGACUUCAGCUUUUUAAGCCUUUGAAAAAUACCUUGAAAAUGUAAGCUGUUUCUCAUUGUUAUACAUCCUCAAUUUUAGGCAGGGAAAGGAGGGAGAGGAUAGGUUUUCAUUCUUUUUAGAUUAAACAUCAGUAACCAGAAGACUGCUGUGGAUACUUUCUUGUUUCAAGUUCUGUUUUUGGUAGUCUUUCUUUGUAUGUUUCCUAUGCUUGCAAUUGAAGACUUUUUGUUCAGCUCUAUAGGCUUUCUGUCUUCAUCAAUAAAGCUCUUGUUCUCACCUUGGCUAAGCAUUACACAAACAGCAUUGGAAAGGAGAACAUAAAAUGAAAAAUUAAUUAGCUUUCUGAAACAGAGGGCAUUAGGAGGCCAGAACCGUGACUAUUUAUUUUAUCAUUCUUUGUUCUGUGAUUACAGUGUUGUGGAAGGUGUUUGUUUUCAAAAAUAAAAACAAAUCCUCCUUUCCAAUCUCAGUUCUAAUUGGAGUUUAAACCUUGGAGAAGGAAAGUUCUGCAGCACACACUCUGCUAACUCUGACAACCUCAGUAUCUGAGGUAUGAAUUUCUUCUUCUGAAAGACCAUAUUAAAAGCAAUUACUAAAGAGAAUUAAAAGAACUGUGACAAUAAUUUGGAAAACCAAACAUGAAACAUAAAAAAUAGUUCAACUUUGCAGCUGUAAGCAAGAAGCUUUGAUUUUUAAACUUUUUGCUCUUUCUGUUUCCCCCUAGUUUGCCUGAAGCUACUUCUGUUCAGUUAAUUAAUAGGCUGUAUUUUAAAAGCUGGACUUAGAUGGAGCAAAAUGGACUUCCUGUUCUUGCUUCCAUAUGUUUCGCAGUGUUUUCAGAAUAAAUGGAAGGACAUUAUGUUACAGUUUACUCAUGGUUUGGUAACUGUGCUCAUUGUUGUUUAUUGACAGCCAUAUUUUUGACUGCAGGAGCUAUUUGCACAUUACCUUUUCAGUAUUAUCAUCAAAUAUGCACGUCUUGCAGCCUAUCGAACUAUUGGCUGUUUCACUUCUAAGGACUCCUCUUUUUAUGCCUUGAAAUUCUUAAAUCCCCCUUGCUGUAUAGAUACUACUCAUAAAGGAGAGAGAGCAAUGAAGGAGAAGGGGAGGAAAGAAGAAGCUGUGAUGAGAAUGCCUUCUGCAUUCUUCAUAUCAGCCUGGUCUCAAAAACCGAUUUCAAAUUAUGCUAUGUUGUCAUGCAAUCCCAAUUAGAACAAAAUAAAAAUAAUUAAAAAGGAGAAAGAUGCAUAAUCUCAAAUCUUUUCGGUUAUUUUUAAUUUCUCGUGUUUGUUUGUUUGUUUUCUGAUGUGCCUUCUGUUCCUUCUGCCACGUCACCAUUGUCUCCUGUCUUUUGAAGCUGUAAAAUGAAAAUAAUGAUAAUAAUUUGGCAUUUAUAUGGGCACUGUAGGCAAGAAGAGGAUGACAAAGUAAUCUUUCUAGUAUAGAUUUGAGUUGAUAUGGGGACAAAUGGUGUCAUUCAUCAUUCUAAAAAUAGAAGCACACACCAUCAUUAUGCUUACCAUAGACUCGUUUUCAGAGUCAACAGCACCUGUCAACGUCACCUUAAAAUACUCCUCUAGAGUAAAUGAAAUAUUCACAUAUUACUGCUAGGUAAUAUGUGUGCAUAUUCAUAAUGUACAGAAAGACAAGAAUCACGUCCAGAGAGGUUUACUAUUCUUUGCUGUAAGGAAUGCAGAGAGCAGCAUGUCUGAAUUACCAAAUUAAUGAUGUGCUGAUGUGUAGCUCGCACGCACGGAGGAGAAAUGACAGAAGCUGACGUGAGAGUAAAACUUUUCAUGGUGUCUUUGGAGAUGGAACUUGCAUGCAAGCAAUCCAUACUUGUUAUGAGUAGACAAUUUACAUUGUUGUUUGUGUAAAUAAGCUAUUAGCUUGAUGGUUGCCAUUCCAAAUAAAGUAUUCUGCAUUGAUUAUUCAUCAUAUACAAUGUAAGAUGCAUUGUUGGUAGAUAUUAUAAAAUAUAUUCUGAUGGCCUAAAAACUGCUUUUGAAUAUUAAAUGAUCACUUUACCUUUGCCAAAGAUGAAACCAAAGUUUAGAUUUUUUUUUUUUACAUUCAGUGAGAGAAACAGUAUUUUGGAUGUUAAUGUAAUCACAAGCUUGUGCAUUCAGCCUGUCUAAUUAAAACAUUACAAAAGUAGAGCAUCUAAUGAUGUUAUCAUAACUUGAUAAGCUUGGCAAGCUUUUCAUCAGGAACUGUAGCAUUUUAAGCAUGGAAGUAAAGCACAUAAAAGUAAUUAACUAAAAUUAAUCUAUGCAUUUAUAAAAAAAACGUGGGUAGAUGAAGAGAUAAGUAACAACUUUUCUUGAUUUUUUUUUUCAUUACUAAAUACAAAUUAAAAUUGCACUUUUGUAUAAGAAACUGACUGGAGAACAAUUACACGUAAAACAGAUAAAGUGAUAAUUUCUGUCAGUAUUCAGGCAUUACUGUCUGAAAAUUGACAAGCUUGAUAAAUAUGAGUGGUUUAUAAAUAUUGUAAGCUAGAUAAGUACUUCUUUCUUUUAGUACUUUCAGCUAAUGGGGAUGAUAGCUUGGCAGAUGAUUGCAAACCAUCUGAAGCUAAUGAGCACUAUAUGUAGUUGUACAAUAUGUUAGUUUCAUGUUUUCCUUUAGAUUUAGUUAGAUUCGAUGGAGGGGGAAAUAAACAACAUCUGAUAGCUCUGAUAAUAAAGAAAGCUUUUUGUUCAUUCUACUUUUUCCCUCUUACAGCUUAGCCAGCUGAGUUUUAGUUUUCUCUUUUUUUGAGCAUACUAGCUAGACAGGGGACCCCAUACUGCUUGGAAUACCAUCAGUUCCUGCAUUGCCAUUGUUUGGUUUAGUAUCCUGUGUUCCUCGUGGCAUUGUAUUUACGUUGAUGUUGCCUAGUACUCUCUCUGUGCAGAACAGGAAAUGUUUUAGGAGUCCUGUAAAAUCAGGGGUGAGGCAGCUAAGAUGAUGGGUCUGUACACUUCUGGGAUAGCUGAACAGUUAAUUCAGUGAGUGCUUUAAUGAUUUAAAGGCUUAAUGCUACCAUCGUUGCUUUCUUUCUCAAGGUCGUUUUAAUUUCAUACAGUUGUGGAAACGUAGGUUUGUGUUUGAAUGUUAUGUUUGAGCAAUCUGUCAGAUGCUGUGAUUUUUUUUGUCCCCCUUUGUUUCUAAAUCCACACUCAGGUGAUAUGUAGCCAGUCAAGGUGAGGCAGUUGUGCAUGCCCAGAGGCAACAGAUAUGAAGCUUGUGAGCCUGUAGUACCCCAGACUGGAUUUGUGUCUUUUGGUUUAUCAGUCCUCCCCGAUAUCUUUUGUGCCUGUCUGCUAAUUUUGGUCAAACUCUGACAGAACGUAUCUUUUUGUAUGCUUAAAUUUCUAGAAGGUAUUGAAAAUAUUGGACUUUCAUACAUAUCCAUAUAAGUAAUACUGCUUGACUUCCUAGCUGGUGAGCCUGUCUGCUUCUGGGCCUGAAUGCUGCCAAGGAUAUUCUUACACUACCUGCCUGCCACAAGGUAGGCAAAAUAGGGAGGGAACUGUGGCUGUGUGUAAGCAGACUGUGUGAGAUGAAGCCAUGUGAGAUCCAGGAGAAUGGACUUAAUGUUAGAAGAGACUGUAAAAUAAAUAUAAGUGGAGAGCCUGAGAUUUUUCUGUCUGCAAUUUUGUGCAGAAACACUUAAAGCACAAGAAAUGAGUCUUGGCUCAUUCUACAGCUCAAUUUAUUUACUGGCAAUGGUUUAUUUACUGACAUUGAUUCAAAUAAAAUUAUAUUUCAGAAAUACUACUCAGUGUAUGUUUUUGUUUACUGUAUCUAUUUGUAGUGUAAGUUUUGCUUUCUGAUUACAAAAAAUAGUUUGUUUUCAGAUUGGAAUAAAAUAAUGACUUCCGUUGAAGUUAAAUUCCACUGCCAUUCAAAUUUAUAUCUUGAUGUGAUUUUAUCUUGGAUACUGAUUAUAAAUAUAUAAUAUGGAAUAUGUUUUGAUUUGAUACAAGAUUUAAUCUGAAAUUAAUUAGCAUCCAAUUACAGAAUUAAAGACGUUUUCCCUUCUGUGUCUUAGAUUCAUAUUAUUUGUGGAACAGCAUUUCCAGGAAGUUUUGCAGAACUCAUGGCUUGGCUUUUUCUCUUCCUGUACAUCUGGUUACCAUAGUUGGCAGUCUGUGCUCGUAAGGAUAUUAACCACAGUCAGGCAGUAGGUAUAAAUUUUUUCUAUCUAGCCAAUUUUGAGCUUACCAGGGAGGUUUAUUUCUAUCCAGCUGUUACUUUUAAGCCUCUUAUGGUAUAAAGGCACUUAACAUAUGGAAGUGCAGAAAUAGAAUUGGGAUGCUUAUUUGAUUAUAUUACUAAAUGCAACUUGUUGUUAAUAGAGCAAGUCUCUCAUUGCCACAGCAGCCAGUCCUGUAAAGUCAAAGGGCCCCUUUUUAUCUCCAGGGCCCUUAUCCCGUGGGACUUUUCCCAGAAGAUCCCUGAGGAGACUGUAUCUGCUGUAUGGAAGCUUGUAUGCCCCAAGUACUGUGUGCAGUUUUGGGUGCCACGGUAUAAGAAGGACAUGAGGCUAUGAGCAUUCAGAGGAGAGCAGCAAAGAUGGUGAAGGAUCUAGAGGGCAGCGUGUAUGAGAAGUGGCUGAGGUCCCUUGGUUCAGCCUAUAGGAGAAGAGGCUGUGUGUGGCCUCAUGGUGGCCUACAGCUCCUCGUGGGGGGAGCAGAGAGACAGCACUGAUUUCUGCUCUCUGGUGACAGUGACAGAAUCCGAGGGAAUGGCAUGGAGCCGUGUCAGGGGAAGGUCAGGCUGAGUGUUAGGAAAAGGUUCUUCACCAGAGGGUGGUGGGCAUGGAACAGGCAGCCCAGGGCAGUGGUCACAGUGCUGAGGUGCUGGAGUUCAAGGAGCAUUUGGAUUAAAACUCUCAGGCAUAGUUUGAAUUUUGGGUGGUCCUUUGUGGAGCCGAGGGUUGGACUCAGUGAUCUCUGUUGUGUCCCUUCCAACUUGGGGUAAUCUGUGAUUCUGUGGUAUAUCUGCUGAGCAGUGUUUGUGCCAUAACUCAUCCGUAGCAGUGACGUGUCUAUGGGAGGUGAUUUGUUGCUACCGUGUCUGGAUUAAUUUUACUUUGUUUUCAUUAGAAUCAACCGUACCAAUAUUGGAGUGUAUGAAAUAAGAAUCUUCUGUUUGUCUUAAUAUAUGUAUGACUGUUUGAGCCUUUUGGUACAGAAGACUGUUUUUGUCAGUUUGGGGAUUGAUGUCAUAGUAUUGCCUAUUUCAUACUGUAACUGAAUUUUAACUGGAAAAACACACCACACAUGGGGCACCAACUUUUUGAGAGUAAAUAAGCUUACUGCAGUUUUUUCUCAGGAGUAGCUCUGUAUUAGCUUGUAAACGGUGCCAUUCCUGAUGAUGCCUGAGUAUCACUUGGAUAGACAGAAACUGAUGUGAAAUGUUCCAGUGGUAAACGAAUGUAAACAUCUUGGGUCUCAACUGUUCUGUGUGAGCCGCUGUACUGCUUGAGCCAAAAAAAAAUCUAGGAUCUGGCAAUGUAAUCUUCCACAACGUACAGAAAUCUUUGUCAAGUUUUUUUUUCCUUUUUAUUUUGAGUAAAAUAAACUGUAAAAUAUGCUCUUGCUCUGUAAAAGUCUCUUUGUGCUAGCGUAAAGCUGUGUGCUCUGAAGACAGUGUUUCUGAGCAAAUGGCUUGCACCUCUCAAGGGGGGUGUGCAGUGCUAAGUAGCAGAAAGUUGCAAUGCAGUGUCCAGAAUUUGGCAGCAGCUCAUUUCUGCUUUGGCAGUGCACUCUAACUGUAGUGUUUAUUGUUGGGUUUUUUUUUUUCCUGGGUGAAUUACACUGUUGCUGCUGAAAGGGACUUCUUACAUAAACAUGAAUCAGAAGUGUUUAUACUUAUAAAAAAGCUGGUAUUGGAAGUGAUCAUUGUUUUGUAGAAUCACAGAGCAUGAGCACAGCUGUCUUUCUGAAGCCUUUUAAGCUAUUUCUAUAUCUUCUGGACUAGAAAACAGGAACUGGGAAGGAAAAUAGUGAACAUUUAAUACUUUUAACAUAAUCAUACGAGCAGGAUUGCAGCAUCAGGGCUUAUCUAUAGCAGGUUUUUUUGACGAUUAUUUUAAUGUCUUGAAAUAAUUGAAAGCUUAACAUCUCUUUUCAAUGGGUGUUAAAUUUUGAAUGCCUUUUUAUGGUCUAAGUAUGCAUUUGAUUAAUUCAUGAACAUCUUAUGGUCAGUGAACUGUUCUGGUGCUUCAGAAUAAAUACCUAGGAUCUCUAUAAAUAUUGGCAGUAAGAUAUUACCUCGUUACAUCUUAAUGAGUCUAGUUAUGCCUCAGAUACAUCUUUUGAUAUGUAAUGCUUUUGCUAAGAAGUGGGGUUUUUUUCAGGAGAGAGAAACAACUCUUGCAGUCAAAACAAAGACUUCAAUUAUGUUGACAUUUUCAUUCUAAAUUAGCACUUAAAAAGAUAAUUAAUAUAAGGACUAGCUGAGCCUUUAGGUCCCUAGCUCUUCAAUUCGAAAAUGGAUAAUUUUAAAUUAAUUUGACAGAAUAAAUACUUCGAAAAUGUUAUGUCUGAACUUCCAUGAUGUUGGAUGGCAGUAGUUUUUUGCAGCCAAAAUGUAGCGGUGACAGUAAAAAUGUUACCACGAAAACUGAUGUUGAGAUUCCAAUUCUAAACCUUCCUCAAAAAUGUAUCUGAGAAACUUAUUUGCUUUCUUGAGAACUUAACUGACUUCCUAGUGGGACAAAAAGUCACAAUGAAUAGAAGCACAUAGAGCUAAUUUGUUAAAUAAUGAUUUUUCCAUUUAGCCCACUAACGUGCUUAGAUGUGUCUGAAUAUUUGGAGCAUAUCUACCCUGAAAUUAUGCACUAAAAGUAUUUUAAGAGUAAUGAUGUUACUUAAAUUUUAACUUUUUAUUGGAUUGAAAUCAUUCUUUAACAUCUGCAUGAACGAACAGUUCAUAUGUAACAUCUGUAAAUGUCUGUAAAAGUGUUUGAUUAAAAAGUUCAUUUUGUUGUCUUUUACUGCAAGUUUAACAUCCAAUAUGCAUUCAAUUGUUCGUUUGAUCACAAGGUAUAACCUGAGAAACUCCUCCCCUGCUAACUGUCUGCAAGGAUUAAUCUCUUACUCUAUGGAGCUGCUCAUAUGAGAGAAGUUGUGUAUUUAAAUGUUCAGCUGCUCCACUCUUAAGAUUAUCAAUCAUAUCAGUCAAAAUCCACGUUCUCAAAUCUGUCUUCCAGUAAUUUUCCAAACCUCAGUAAUGUCAAAGGAAUCAUGCAGAAUCAUGUUCACAAAGAGGACCGUGUACCUGUAUUCAAAAAAUUAUGACUUGCCACAAGAUAGAAUAUGGUUAUUCAUCUGCAGCUAAGGUCAGAAAAGACCUCUGUGUGUAAGCAGUAGAAUCCUUACAAAGUGUUUACACUGUGUUUAGUUAAAAUGCUGCCACCCAGUUUACUUUUCUUAGCAGGUUUCUAAGAAAUGUGUGAGUGUAUUAGAAAAACCUACAAUGGAAUGUAGUCGUGGGUGUGGGCAUUUGGAUUUGUCAGCACCCACCCCAGGAAGAGAUGUCAAAGUUGAGGUUUGAGUGGUCCAAGUAAAUGGUUGUCUACCAAUUCAUCAUCUGAGAUCUCCACAGAGGUCAAUAACUCCCAGCAGGGAGACCCUAUAAAAUCUAUCGUGUCACUUAUAGUAGGGAAGCUUGUUGAGAGCAAGAAGGGGAGCCUCAAUUAUUUCAAGCAACCUUACCAGUUAAAACUGAAUUAAGUGCUGCUUACUUCAUUUUGUCAUUUUUUUAUACCAGCUCGUAUCUAAUUUAUAUGAAAGAAAUAUAUAUAAAUGUAUUCUAUGUUGAGAGCUUAUGAAAAACAAGUUUGUAUCAUCUAGAAAAAAUGAAAGAAAAUAGAAAAUAGUUCUGUUCUUUCUUCUUUUUAAAACCACAGCACUUUCUUUUCUGAUCUCUGUUUGAGCCCAUAGCUUCACAGCUGGAAAAGAGCAAUAAUUGGACUGUGUUUCCCAGAAAGUCACAAGAAAGUGCUGAAAAAGUGACAGAGUUGGCAAAUCUGCCAUUGUCUGAGCUUACUUUUACUGGGACAGUUUGAAUUUCAGAUGAGUCUGUUACACAAGAAAGAAUUCAGCAGAACCUCCAACAGCAGUCAUACCAUAUCAUCUUGUCAAACUAUGGAGCCCUGUACAUCAGAUGAAUUUUUUCAGGCUCUCAAUCAUGCUGAACAAAGUUUUAAAAAGAUGGAGAAUUAUCUUAGACACAAACAGCUAUGUGAUGUGGUGUUAGUUGCUGGUGAUCGUAGAAUUCCAGCUCACAGAUUGGUUCUCUCCUCCGUUUCGGACUACUUUGCAGCAAUGUUUACUAAUGACGUAAGGGAAGCAAGACAGGAGGAAAUCAAGAUGGAAGGCGUGGAGCCAAAUGCAUUGUGGGCUCUGGUUCAAUAUGCAUAUACAGGUCGCCUUGAAUUAAAAGAAGAUAACAUUGAGUGCCUGUUGUCUACAGCUUGCCUUCUUCAGCUAUCUCAGGUUGUAGAAGCGUGCUGUAAAUUCCUCAUGAAGCAGCUUCACCCGUCCAAUUGCCUUGGAAUCCGAUCUUUUGCUGAUGCGCAGGGUUGCACUGACUUGCACAAGGUGGCUCACAAUUACACUAUGGAAAAUUUCAUGGAAGUAAUUAGAAACCAGGAAUUUCUAUUGCUGCCAGCCACUGAAAUUGCAAAGCUUUUAGCAAGUGAUGACAUGAAUAUUCCUAAUGAAGAAACUAUAUUGAAUGCACUACUUACAUGGGUUCGACAUGAUUUGGAACAGAGAAGGAAAGAUCUGAGUAAACUCCUGGCUUACAUUAGACUGCCUCUACUUGCUCCACAAUUUCUGGCAGAUAUGGAAAAUAAUGCACUCUUUAGGGAUGACAUUGAGUGUCAGAAACUCAUUAUGGAAGCAAUGAAGUACCAUCUGUUGCCAGAGAGACGACCUAUGUUGCAAAGUCCUCGCACCAAACCUAGAAAAUCUACAGUGGGAGUGUUGUUUGCAGUUGGAGGAAUGGAUGCAACAAAAGGAGCUACGAGCAUUGAAAAGUAUGAACUUCGUACCAACAUGUGGACUCCUGUUGCAAACAUGAACGGGCGAAGAUUACAGUUUGGAGUUGCAGUCUUAGAUGAUAAAUUGUAUGUUGUUGGUGGCAGAGACGGACUGAAAACCUUGAAUACGGUGGAGUGCUACAACCCUAGAACAAAAACUUGGAGCGUAAUGCCACCUAUGUCCACACAUCGUCAUGGUCUUGGAGUAGCUGUAUUGGAAGGCCCCAUGUAUGCUGUGGGAGGACAUGAUGGCUGGAGCUACCUGAAUACAGUAGAAAGAUGGGAUCCACAGGCUCGUCAGUGGAACUUCGUAGCUAGUAUGUCAACUCCAAGGAGCACUGUUGGUGUAGCAAUAUUAAAUGGAAAGCUUUAUGCAGUUGGUGGUCGAGAUGGAAGUUCUUGUCUUAAGUCGGUAGAAUGUUUUGAUCCUCAUACAAACAAAUGGACCCUCUGUGCUCAAAUGUCAAAAAGAAGAGGUGGUGUAGGUGUAACUACGUGGAAUGGAUUCUUGUAUGCCAUCGGUGGUCAUGAUGCCCCAGCAUCAAACUUAACAUCCAGGUUGUCAGACUGCGUAGAAAGGUAUGAUCCAAAAACAGAUAUGUGGACUGCUGUGGCUUCGAUGAGCAUUAGCAGAGAUGCAGUGGGAGUAUGCCUUCUUGGUGACAAGUUGUAUGCUGUUGGAGGAUAUGAUGGUCAAACAUACCUUAACACAGUGGAGUCUUACGAUCCUCAGACAAAUGAAUGGACACAGGUUGCACCAUUGUGCUUAGGAAGAGCUGGAGCAUGUGUUGUGACUGUGAAACUAUAGAUUGUUUCCUUUGAGAAGGUGAUUUUCUCCACUACGGACUCAACCGAUAUCUUUUUUCCUCAAGCCAACUAAGAAAAUGAGGUGCAGGAUAUCUACAACAACGAAGUGUUUGGUCUCCAACCUACAUACAUACAUAUUAUUCUUUUGGACCAAUAUUAAGCACUUUUUAAAGAAUUAUCUUUAUUACCUGCACAUUGGAAGAAUUAUAAGCAAAUCAGCUGCAACCAAGAUGUUGCCAGCAAGGGACCUCCAUUGAGGAAAUACUAAGAAAUGAGUGAACUCAUUGUGAACUCACUGGGAUAAUCAAAUGCUAUUGAUUUAUGGCCUUGACCCCUCAAACAUGCAGAGAAAUCAUGCCAUUAAUAAAUACAAUUCCACCGAUACAAUUGAGGAUACCUGUGGGUGAAGCAAGUUACAGAAUUCAACGCCGUAUAUUUAAUUUGCCUAUAAUAAACAUGUUUUGCUGUGGGUCUCUGAGCUAUUACAGUGCAGGCUAACAAACCAAUGCAAACCAUUGUCAGUGGCAGGUGUAAUGCCUGCCUUAAAAAUGAAGAUGUGUAUUUGGUGAAUAUUUGCACUUUUACCAUCAUUCCUAGUUUAGAAAUAUUUUUAUUUAACCAAAGCCUUAUUUUAAAUAUUGUCUUAUAAUGCUAACAGAAAUCUGCUAUUUAAUUAUGUCUGUUUCCGAAAUCCAGCAUACUACUUGGAUAUUCGAAGGUUUUCCAUAAGAUGGAGAGCAUUGUACCUUUUCUCUGAUUCGGUUUUUAUAUUUACAUUGUUAUUUUUAAAGAAAACUCUGUAAGCAUGAGUAACUAGUGGAAAGAAUUCUCAAGUGUGAUUAGAAGUUAACCAAUUUAAUAAGAGCACUUUGAAUUUUUCAAAGCAUUCCAUUGCAUUUAGGCUAAGAGUCUACUUUGAUUGUCAGUAUGUUUUACAUGAGGCUUUGCACUAAUGUGAAAGGUAUACUUUGAUAAGAUGAAAUGAAGCAAUCGUUUUUCUUUUUCUCCAGCAAGGUUCCUUCAAAAUGCAAAGAGCCAAACCGCCAUUUGGGCGUGUUCAGCAUCUUGUAGGAGAGUUGUGUAUGCCUCACAGGAUUUUUCUUUCCAAAUGCUUUAUCAUUUGCCUUUUUUUUGACUCCUACGCUCUGCCACACACUCGUUUGGAACAGUCUGAAUGUUCUCUGGAAGUCUUUUAGUAUUUGCUUUUCUGUGCCUUUCCUCCUUCUGUGUUGAAAGCGGCGGGCAGCGCGGUGUGCUGCUUUCUGAGGGAACGCGGAGCUGUCAGCUCACAGAAUGUUUUCCAGGAGUCUGAAGCGUCCGACACCCAAAGUCUUUGUACGUCUGUAAUUUUAAAUUUCAGUGUGUCCAUGCUCUCGACGAACUAUUUAUUGGUUUAAAGGAAACUACUAAGCGGUGAAACUUGGUGUUGAAACCUGCUUUGUUUUAAAUCGAAUACAGCUGAACUUAAAUGCA